UAGUCAUACAUAUGCCCAACUGUCAACAAAAUAAAAAAACUGUUCUUUUGAUUCAUCCCAGAAGAAAAGAGGAGGGAGAGAGAGAGAGAGAGAGAGAGACAACCUGGCACGAAACUCAAGUAGUAGUUGUUGCAAAAUACAACACCAUCACAUCAUGGGCUUCAUUUGGGGCAUAAACCACUAAAGAGUUGUUUAAUGAUAGUGAUGAAGAGGAGUUAUGUUAGUUAUCUUAUGAAAAAAGUAGAUUAGAUUUAUUUUGAUGAUGGUGAUAAUGAUGAAGAAGGAGGAGAAGGGUAUGAAGCCUAUUUUAGUGAAUUUUGGUUUGGCUUUGGCUCUUUCUUUUGCUGGAUUUAUCUGCUCACGCCUCAGAAUCACAACAAUCAACCACUCUGAUCCUAAUCCUAACUCACCCACUUCAGGUCAUGAAAGUGAAGUUAAUUUAGGAGAUGAAUUGGGAGCUAAAUUCAGUACUUCCAAUACUGCUUCAGAGGAAGAAACACGCACCAACGAGUUGAGGAGUGAAAAUUCUCCUAUUGAUCUUCUCGGUAACAGCAAACAAAAUGGAGAUAAAGAUGAGUUCCUCUUACCUGAAUUUGACGAGCUCGUUAAGGAGGUAGAGUUUGAAGUAGAGGCGCCGGGGUUAAAAGUAGGAUCUUCUAAAGGAUAUACAGUUCCUGAUAAGGAUAACUAUGAACAAGAGAUAAGUCAUCUCAGAGACAUGGUUAGAUUGCUUCAAGACAAGGAACAAAAUCUUGAGUUUCAGUUGCUUGAGUACUGUGGUCUUAGAGAGCAAGAAACAGUUGUGAUGGAGCUUCAAAAUAGAUUGAAGAUAACUAAUAUGGAGGUAAAGAUGUUCAAUCUGAAGGCUAAAAACUUACAGUCUGAGAAUCGGAGAUUAAAAGAACAGGUUGCCGAUCAUGCAAAGGUGUUGGCCGAGCUUGACACCGCAAAGGCGAAAAUCGAACUACUCAAUAAGGAAAUUAGGUGUGAUGCUGAACAGGAUAAGGAACAGAUCGUUACUCUUCAACGAAGAGUGGCCAAGUUGCAAGACCAAGAGUGCAAAGAUGCUGCUUGUGAUCAAGAUAUUAAAGUAAAGCUGCAAAAGCAAAAGGUUCUUGAGUUGGAAGUAGAAGAAUUGAGGAAAUCUAAUUCAAGAUUGCAUACAGAGAUUUCUGACUUGACUCGAAGAUUCGAUUCUACGCAGAUCGUUGCUAAUGAUGCGAACCGAGAAAGUGAGCGUCUUAGAAUAGAAAACGAGGACUUGAUGAAGAAAAUUGAGCAACUACAAUCCGAUCGAUGUUCAGAUCUUGAAGAGUUAGUGUACAUGCGGUGGAUAAACGCUUGCUUACGAUAUGAGCUGCGAAAUUAUCAGCCUCCGCGCAGUAAAACAGUUGCAAAGGAUUUGAGUAAAAGCUUAAGCCCCAAUUCUGAGAAGAAAGCCAAACAGCUUAUACUUGAAUAUGCUGAUGCUAAUGGAUCAGGGAGUAUUGUGGACUUUGAUUUUGAUCAAUGGUCCUCCUCGCAAGCUUCUUCUAUUACUGACUCCGGAGAGUAUGAUGAUUUUUCUUCUGUUGAUAAUUCAUCUGCUGCCAGAAGCAACACCAAAUUUUUUAGCAAGCUUAAGAGACUGAUACAAGGAAAGGAUAGUCGGGCUUCAACUAGAUAUCAAGAAGAUAUCAAUUCUCCACGGCUGAGUACAUCAACUGGAAUUGAUCGUAGAGCGUCUUUUGAUUUCUCAACAUCGAUGAGUAUGAAGGAAAGGAAUAGGAGAUACUCAAGUUUAAGUAGAGAUGGUUCCUUACCAGGUUCUUUAGGCAUAGAGAAAUCCGAUUUGGAGAAAUAUGCAGAAGCUCUAAAAGAUUCUAGUGUGAAUACUAAAUAUCAAAGACGUGGAAGAUCAACAUCAUUUAGUUAGUUUGUUUUAGGUUAUUGUCAAUAUACAAGGAUUUACCUUUUCGACUGUGAAUAUUAUGUGUUAAAAACUUACUAUGUUGUUAUGUUAACUGUCAUUUAAAAUAGCAUUUAGGUCUAGUUCAGACACCAAUCAUAUAUAUUACAGAAAAGUGUGUUACCAAUCAUUGACAAGCGUUCAUCAAUUAAUAAUAGUAGUAUUUUACUUCAGAUUAUCACAGCAUAUUUAACUUGGAAAAUAUACUUGUCAAUACUUACAAAUCUACAACAUAACUGUGGAUAGUGUGACAGAGGUUUAAGGUUCAAUUUUGUGUCCAUGUUAUUUAUAACAUUAAAAAAUAUGUUGGAUGAAAAUUUUAAUCUAUUACUUCUGAUCUUGGAAAACAACAAUAUUGAAUUCUUCA